GGAUGAGUGAUGGGGAAUUUUCUUUUGAGAAUUAAUUUAUCUGAGUGGUUGAUUGUUUUAAUUAAUAGUUACUACAAAUAUCUUGCAAGUAAUUAGUGAACAGUUAAGUAUGAUAACUCCAAGAAUUAAAGUUUGGAAUGAGCAAAUCUUACAAAAAUGUUGUUUUAAAGUUAGCCUAAGAAUAUUGUUACGCUAGGCCUAUUCAUAAACUCCCAAUUCCAAGGUAUGAACAUAACUCCAAAUAGUUUUCUUGUGUUUUUAUGUUUUUCUAGACAAACAUGUUGGCAUAAGUCUUUGUUUAAAAGAAGCAACAUACUACCUAUUUCUAACAAAGCUUAUGUAUAAUGCUCCUUUUCACUUGAGCUUGAGUAAUUACAGCACAAUGUUUUAUUGCAUGACUAGCUACAAGCUUAUUGCCACUUUUAAAUAAUGGGUUCCCGUGUGUACGAUAUAAAGAAGAAGUUUGAAGGUUUGACAGAUGCAUCUAAAGAACAAAAAAUUGCUACCUCUGUGGUAAGGUCUAAUCGAGAAAAUGAUUCAAACUGGAUAGCAAAACAAACUUUUGAAAACACAAACAACAGGUCGUCGACAAGGGGGCUGAUAAAACGAUCGCAUGCCUUCCGGUCUGAUAAAAUUAACCGCAAUUUAAACUGCAAUGAUAGUUUGGAUUGUCCUGACAAAUGUUUGUCUCAACUUGGGCCAUCAACAAACUAUGGGAGGAGUACUAGCAAUACCUUUAUUUCCAUUAAAGCUGAUGAGUCCUCAAAAAUAGACAUUAAUUCCAGCAAACCAACAGCAAAAUUUACACCAAAGGCUUUCAAGCUUGAUGUUGAUUCUACAGAUCCUUCAAUGAAACAGGGUUCUCCCCAAACCAAACCCAAUUGUUCUGCACACAAUAUUCUUAACAUUAAUUCCUACACUAAGGAUGAUAUAUUGAAUGAAAGGAACGAUUCAAAAUCAAUUAUUAAAAACACUCAGCCAGGUAAAAAACAUAUCACAGAUGUUUCAAAUAUCACUGUCAGCAACCUUGACGAGUCUGGCAAGGUUGAUGAUAAAUUAUCAAGCACCCUUAAAAAGGUGUUAAAAACACCCUUACCUCCUGGACCACCUCCCAAAAAGCCUCCUCGCACGUUUGCUCAUUUUACAGAAAGAUCUUGUGACAUAAAUAGUGGAACCUCUUCAAUUAGGCUAUCUACAGAUGACAUUAAUUUAGAUCUUGGUAAAAUUGAUUCAUCAUGCACAUUAAAACCUAUACGAUCUAAAACUGAGUCUCAAAUUAUGCUAAAAAAACUUGAAAUGGCUUUACACAAUCAUAAAACACAGGGAAAAAUUCUUGAACCGAAAUCUGAGAAAAAACAACUUUCACUAAGUAAAGAAUCAAUGAACAGUAAUAGUAAAACGUCUCUCAAUUUAAAAACUACAGCUCACUCUCAUUCUCCGGCUGUACGUAAAACAUCAUUGCCAGACUCUCCGAAUGAUAAAACUAGCUCAAAUGAUGGAUGUUUUGGAGUUCUAUCUUGUUCUAAUUCCAUGGACUUCUUGAAAACAUCACAUAUUUAUGACACUCCACUAGAACGGAAAUCAAAAUUUUAUUUGGAAGAUUUAGCUCGAAACAAGGUUGCCCCAGCUCUAACUUCAAUUGAAAAUGGUUUUCAGAAUAGCUCGUCCCUAUAUGGACAAAUCAAAUUGAGUGAUACUGCGGAACCAGUCUAUGCAAAACCUUUGUUGAAAAAUCGUGUAAGGAACUUAAAAUGUGAUAAGGGACCUUCAGUUUUACAAAUUGUAAAGAGCCUGAAUUCUAAUGAAAAGCUUGAUUUAAAAAAAGUCAGAGGCACAAAUUUUGAUUCUAAGAAGACUCAACCUCUUCAUUACAUGUCUUCCCCGGUCUGGGAGAAAGUGCCUUUGCUGCAAAGUCCAACCCAAACUCCGUCUCCUGAAAAAAGUCUUGUCGCUCAAAAGAGAUUGUUUGAAAAAAGUGGAGCAAAAAGUUUUCCUUCUAGAAGUCUGAGUUUGGACAUUGACAAUACACACACUAGGAACUCGUCUGCUAGAAGUUACAGCCUAGACUUUUCUCAUGGAGACCUCAACAUUGAAAACCAGAAGAUUCAAAAAAUGGUAAACGAGGUUUACAGCAAAUGCCUCGCAAUGCCUCAAGACAGUGAUUCGGAAUCUGUCGCCUCCACACCAGACGACUCUUGUCCUCCCAAAAUAUCUUCACCAGAAGAAGCUCAAAAGCACCGUCAACAGAGGACUGCUGAGCGCAAGACUUAUCUGAAACGAGUGUGCAGCCGAGCUCGCUCAUUCCACCGCCCGUCCAUAGUACCAGAAUCUCACCUGUUUGAGUAUUUACUUCUCGUAGGCCUCAACCUCAACUCUUCUCGCUGUAAAGUGCCUUAUAUAAAAGCCAGAUAUCCAGCAGAUGUGGAGGUGCCAGGAGGGAUAGAAUAUCUGUGUUUCCCUGAUGCCGAGGACUGGCCGCCCCAGGCUGGUGUAGAAGACGAUUCUAGCCGCUGUUACUGUGUGGUCAUCACUCACUCUAGUGGCACACGCAAAUACGGCUACUGUCGCAGAGUACAGCCUGAGGGAGCCCCCAUCUGUCUGCCGCUAGCAUAUUGUAUUGUCAGCCCUUACAAGGCAAACUACUACUUCUCUCAGGUCCUAAAAGAAUUGGAGUCGCGGCACGGACAGCCUGAGCAAGAGUUGUCCUCAUUCAUACACGAGCUGUACGAGUGUCCGUUCCCAGCGCCUGGGCAGGGGCUGCGUGUCACACAACCUACUACUAGAGACAAAGUUGAGAUCCUACCGAGGAAGCUGGACCCUAGGCAAGAGGAAACAGACAUCGCAAGAUUGCUGAACCUAGUUCGCCACUCUGUCUUCAUACAGCUCUUCUCCACUCUGCUUCUAGAGCGUAAAGUGAUCCUGCUAAGCUACUCUAUCAGCAAGCUGUCCACGUGUUUCGAAGGUCUUUGCGCUGCUCUGUAUCCGUUCCAUUGGCAGCACACAUUGGUUCCUAUAGUACCAGACAACAUGCUAGAUGUUUGCCAGGCACCUACACCGUACGUGGUCGGGUUACUCAAGCAAAGAGAUGUUAAUGCACCACAUCCUGUUGUGUUUUCUAUGAUUGAUCAGGUGUUGGUGGUUGACGUAGACGAGAGUAAGGUACUGCAGAGUUGUGGAGAUGAGAGUACAGUGUUGCCACCCAAGCUGAGCCGUGGACUGCGGGAAGCGCUGUUGUGUGCCGUACCUGACAAGAACUCUCCGCUGUCACCUGCGCACAACCUGGUCGCGUCUGAAGCACUCAUUGCGCUGUUUGUACAACUCAUCGGCCACUACAGGGAUCACAUCAUUACCUCGUCUGGCAACGGCCACCGCGAGUUUCAGAGGGAGGCAUUUGUCAAGAGUGUGUCGUCAAGCACUGUCCAGAGCUUCCUUGAUUGGUUCACUGAAACGACCAUGUUCACGGCUUUCAUAGAAUCUCGAUUAGAUCGCUCCGUUGAACCCUAUGGUUUGUUUGAACAGAGAUGUGUAGAACAUCUGACACAACAGCAAGCUAUGUCUUCCAAAGGCUACAGAGCAAACAUUAACAAGACCGUAAAGAGCUUUGGCGAUCGGUUCAAAGAAUGGACCAACUCUUCGUAGUCUUCAAGCGUCUGACAGCUGGAAACCUUGUCAUCUAGUCACUUUUGUAAAAACACAUUCCAACAAAUCCACCUGCUUGAGAAGUUUGUAGAGGAACAAUAGAUCUUUGAUAAUAUGAUAUUUUAUCGUAAGUUUAAUUUUAUUCUUUUCCAAUAGAAAUAAGGGUAACUAAGGGAUCAUUUUUUUAUUGUUACAACAAUACAUUAUAGUUAUCAGUGCCAUUUUUUAAGAUUUGCAAAGAAUUUUCAAUACAACACAAGUAAUUUAAAUACUUAAACCAUAACUAUAGUUUCCUAUUUUAUUAUAGGCUACAAACUAACCGAUACUCGAGAUUGUCAAUAGCCUAACCAUUAUUCCUAAUUUUAUUCUUAUCUAAAUCAACAUUGUUUUUCAUGAUCUCAAACCUCCAUAUUCCAAAAAUAAGCAUUUAUUUUUAGAAAAAGUGUAUAUUCAUUGUGAUUUCAGGGUAAACAUAAGGUGGCCUAUAAGGUUUUUAAUUUUUUUUCUUCUAGGGUACAUUUGUUUUGUAAAUUUUUGUCAGUCCCCUUGAUCAUAAAAAUGUGUGCAUUUAAAUUUAUUUUGUAAGUUGUAGCAAACUUCCAUGACCAAGAAGUCACUUAGGGUUCACUUAAGUAAGCGUUUGUAAUUCAAUUGUAUCUGUACAUUAUGCUCCUAAGUUGAUGGACAUGGGCUUACCAAGGUUCCAAGUUGUAGUGUAUACUAUACUUAUUAAAAUUUAAAAAGUUAGCCUAUAAAAACAAUUUUAAAUUCAUAAACGUAAUUAUACUCUUAAUUUCAAUCUUCUCUUAAGGAGUGAAAAUUUAAAAACGUACGUUUUCAUGUCCCUGGCCUUUUUCUUCGUAGAUACUGGAUUUGUAGUUUAUUAUUAUGUGUUUUAAUAUUUUUUGGGACGGGGGCAACCUGUUACACACAUUUAUUUGGUUUUAAAUAGGUUCUAGGUAUUUUUUUCGUAUUUUUAAAGUCUCGAAAUUCACGACCAUGACGUGUCCCUAGGGUGCAUUUUCCAAUUUUCACGCUGUUUUUAGACUAAUUAUUCAUGCCGAAAUAUAUAAAGCCAUAUUUUUAUGUCAUCAAUGGUUAUUAAACUUACAAAAAAGGAACAUAUUAUAAUUUUAUUGUCAUUAAAAACUGACUACCAUGUCAAAAUAAGUCUGUCCCUCGAUUUGGCGUCACGACCAUUUGGGAAAAAUUUUCAACUUUGGAGCAUGACAGUGGCAAGCCUGGCGUCGAUGGACUCAGAUGGUUUUAGAGACUAGUUCGGGGUGUAUGUCAGGAUUGUAGUGCCAGUCGUUUCUAGUUGAAAUGAGGAAUUACAAGAUUAAUAAAGGAAAGAUUGUGUUUUUUGUAAUUUUGGUGUGUCCAUGACCGUACGUAGUAAUUCGAUGAAGUAGACAUGGUGUUAAUUUUUGUUUAUAAGAUAUUUCAAUUGCUAGACUAACCUAGAAGUUCACUUUGUAUCCUCGAACAUGAGGUGCAGGGCUACCGCCAGAACAGAGCCAAAUAACACGUAAUUUCACGACCAAAGUUUCACGACCAUCGCGGGUUUUUUCACGACCAAUCCAGCCUUAUGGAUUAUAGUGUGUUUGGUCGUGACAAUAACUUUAAUAUAAUUGUAAAUUAAACAGUUUAGUUCAAUUGAAACACAUAUUUUUAUUAUAACUAACAGGAUAAUUGAAGGAUUGUUUAGAAAGAUUUAGAUUAUUCCAGACAAUUCACGACCGUAUCGCUUGUCCCUGACC